GAACACUGCGGAAGUGGCGACACGGAGGACUGUUGACAAAUCCAGCUAGCCUUAGCUAGGUGGCAUGGUAGUUUGUCGACGCUUUAUUAAAGCUGUCGUCCAGAAUGAGUUCUCCAGAGGACAGGCAUGGAAAAAAACGACCCGCAUCUCCCAGUCAAGAUGGUUCUACCCAGUGGGCAGCUGCUGAUUUGGGAAGUGAUGAGAGGAAGCAAAAGUUUUUACGGUUGAUGGGCGCUGGCAAGAAAGAACGCACUGGGCGCCUGGUCAUUGGUGACCAUAAGUCAACAUCCCACUUCCGUAGUGGUCAGGAAGAUAAGAAGAUCAGUGAGCAGCUGGAGAUACAGUACCAGCAGGGCAUGGAUGGGAAGCUGUCUGGCCGCAACCGGAGACACUGUGGUCUGGGAUUCAGUGAGCCUGACCCACAGCCAGAGUUGUUCCCCCCACCACCAGUGGACAGUCACACAAAAGAAGCUGAGCCUGAGAAGUCCGUCAGUGAAGAAGAACCCACAGAAGAUCAGGACAAAGGCUGCGAUCCCAACUCGAAGGAAAAAACAUCAGAGCAGGCCAAGCCCAGCUCAGACAGUAGGAGCGAGGAAAGGAAACACGACUAUAAAAUGGCUUUUGUGAAAUCAGCGUAGUGCUGCGAGGGAGAGAGAUUAGUUUUUGUAAUCUCAGAUUUGUACAUUUUGAUGUUUUUUGUUUAACAGUAGACCCAUUACUUUAGUCCUUUUACUGUGUAGAAAUAGAUCCUCUGCACCAGUGCUCAUUGUUUAGCUACAUCCGGAUGUGCAUGUCGUCAGAGAUUUAGGUCUGCAGGAGAAAAAAUCAGCUUUCGGCGGAUAGGAUGGCGAAUGGUCCAGUUUUUAUUACGUUUGAACAUUUUAACAGUAACUGCACUGGCUACGAAUUAUGUCGGAUCAAACUGGAUUACUCGCCAUUCAGCAUGAUUGGUGUGCACAUUGUGAAUUUUGUGAUUCCUUGUUUAAAAAACAAUAAAAGGAAGUGUCAGUUGUAA